AUGGUGGUUUAUCUCUUGAUUGUCAUUGAAAACUGCCUGAUUGUCACACUUGUGUCAUCUUGUCAUGACCUUCAAAUCCCCAUGUAUAUCUUCCUCAGGAACCUGGCACUGGCGGACCUUCUCCUGACUUCCAACAUCACACCAAAAAUGUUACAGGUGACUUGGUUAGGUGGAACAGUCAUAUCCAAAACAAGCUGUUUCAUCCAAUACUACUUCCAUUGCAUUGCAACCUAUACACAAUCUCUGGUUCUCACAGCUAUGGCUUUUGACCGAUACCUAGCCAUCUGUCACCCACUCCGGUACACUUCUCUUAUGGUCAAUAAACUAUGCUUCAACCUGGUCUUCUGGCCAUGGGCUAUUCCCAUCAUCCUCAUUCCAAGUGAAAUGUUUUUUAUUGGCCAAAUGAGUUUCUGUGGUUCCAAAAUCAUUGACCACUUCUUCUGUGAUUUUACACCCAUUUUGGAAAUGGCCUCCACAGACACUUACACAGUGGUAUUUGAAGACUUUGUUCUGUCCAUUCUUUUGGCAUUUACCCCUUUUAUACUUGUUAUAAUAUCCUAUAUCUGUAUAUUUAUAGCUAUCAUCAAGAUGUCUUCCAAUGACGGAAGACAAAAAGCCUUCUCCACAUGCAGUUCUCAUCUGGCGGCUGUGUGCGCCUAUUACGGACCACUGAUAGCUAUCUAUAUGUUUCCAGUUGGGGGAAACACACCAUAUGAAAACAAAUUGAAGUCUUUGCUUUACACAGCAAUAACUCCUCUAAUUAACCCAAUACUUUACAGUAUGCGAAACCAGAGCAUUAAGAAGGCGGCCCAACUACUAUUCCGUAAAUCUGUAAAAAUUAAUCCCUAA